CAAACCAGAUCUGCUUACUAAUACUACCAUUUGCAUCCCAUUAUUCCAAAAAUUUUGGUGUCUUUUGAUCUUCCACAGCAAGAAAAUGGAUCCCAAUUCAGUUAAAUCCACUUUGUCGAAUUUAGCAUUUGGGAAUGUAAUGGCGGCAGCUGCUCGUGAUUACAAAAAUGAACUUCUUGCCCAAAGAGGAGACACAGGCAUCAAGUUCAAACAAUGCUGAGGUUGACCUUGACGAGCUUAUGGAUGAUCCUGAGUUGGAAAAUUUGCAUGCUAACAGGAUUGCAGCUCUAAAGAAAGAAGCAGAGAAGCGAGAAGCCUUAAAAAGGCAAGGACACGGAGAGUACAGGGAGGUAUGUGAAGGAGAUUUCUUGGGUGAGGUCACUGGGAGUGAGAAGGUGGUUUGUCACUUUUACCAUAAGGAGUUCUACAGGUGCAAAAUAACGGAUAAGCAUUUGAAAGCCCUUGCACCAAAGCAUAUGGAUACGAAGUUCAUCAAGCUGGAUGCUGAGAUGCCUAUCUACAUCGUGGCUUUGUUCCCUCCAGGUGAGGGGGAUGACAAGAAUUCUGGGAAGACAUUUCUGAAAAGGGAAUCGCAUUUGAUGAGAGUGGUUGGCUUCCAAGACAUCGGAGGAAAAGAUGAUUUCACCACCAAGACACUAGAGGUGCUACUGCUGAAGAAAGGUGUAAUUAGUGAGAAGAAAGAUGAGGAAGAUGAUGAUUAUCUUGAGAAUGCACGCAGGACAGUAAGAUCUUCUGCGAAUCAUGAGUCGGACAUUGACUGAGCAGGGAAACAACUGCAGUUUUCCAUCAAAGUUGUCAGUGGUUCUUGCAACUGUAUGAAUUUUCACAACCAAUUUCCAGUUUGUUGUCUCGAGAAAUUCAUUUUUGCAAGAACUCAUGUUUCAUAUUUUGUUUUUCAUCACUACCACUUAUUAAUCUCCAUUUUGAAACAUCAUU